CCCUUCCCCGCCGCCAGCCUCUCCCCGCCGGGCGGCGGCGGCAGCGCCAUGGGGUGCUUCUUCUCCCGCCGCAGGAAGCCGGCCCAGGGCGGGCGGCAGCCGCAGCCAGCGGGAGCCGGGCAGGACGCGGGCACCGGCGAGCAGAAGGCGCCGCAGUACAGCUGGGACCUGCGAGCCAAGAUUGACCCCAAAGAUUACACUUUUUCUGGACUGAAGAAUGAAACUGUGGGUCGACUGCCUGGAAAAGUAGCAGGGCAACAAUUUGUCAUUCAGGACUGUGAAAACUGUAAAAUCUACAUAUUUGACCAUUCUGCUACAAUCACGAUUGAUGACUGUGUAAAUUGCCAAAUCUUUUUAGGACCAAUAAAAGGCAGUGUGUUUUUCCGUGACUGCAAAGACUGUAAAUGUGUGGUUGCCUGCCAGCAGUUCCGCACGCGGGACUGCAGAAAGCUGGAGGUGUUCUUGUGCUGUGCCACCCAGCCCAUUAUUGAGUCCUCCACAGGUAUGAAAUUUGGAUGUUUCCAGUACUAUUAUCCCGAGCUUGCUUUACAAUUUAAAGAUGCUGGUCUGAGUAUCUUCAAUAACACGUGGAGCAACAUCCAUGACUUUACCCCUGUGUCUGGAGAAAAUAACUGGGGCCUUUUGCCUGAAACUGCUGUAGUCCAAGAUUAUGUUCCUCUGCCCAGCUCUGAGGAGCUGAAAGCUAUCAGGGUUUCUACUGAUGCUACAAAGAGCAUCGUACCCAUAACUCGAGGACAGAGACAGAAAAACAGCGAUGAAUCGUGUUUGGCCGUGUUUUUUGCUGGCGACUACACAACUGCAAAUGCCAGGAAGUUAAUUGAUGAGAUGACUAGCAAAGGCUUUCAGCUGGUACAGACUAAAGAAGUUUUAAUGAAGGCAGAGGAUGCUCACAGAGUUUUCCAGCAGAGUGCAUUAGAAUUCAUUCCACUGCUGGAAAAAGGUCCAGUGGUUGCUUUGGAGUUCAACGGAGAUGGUGCUGUGGAACAAUGUCGAAGCACUGUAAAUGAAGUUUUUAGUGGGACCAAGGUUUUUGUGUCGGAAAGCAAAGCAUCAGCAUCUCAAGAUGUAGACAAUUUCUACAAUUUUGCUGACAUGCAGAUGGGAAUGUGAAGUUUAGCAUGAAGGUGCUCACAUAUGGUUUGUCUUAGCACUUGGACAUCACUUGGCUUCAAUAUCACAGUAGUUCUGUCAUUUAGUUUUGUAUUUCUCAUAUAUCCCUUUUAUAAUGCCACUGGUGGUUUUUAAUACCAUAUUAUCUCAACUGGAGUAAACUGCAUAGCUAGCCAUGUGCAUUGUGUUUGAAACUUAAGUUUAACUUCAAAAGCAAUUGAGCUUUUCUACUAACGUUUUUACAGUGAUUUCUAAAAAUCUAUUGACACUUGAAUGUUUCUUGACAACAUCUAAUGGUUAUACAUAUUUUAAAGUGCAAUGCUGAUCCAAGUUCGAUGCAAUAGUAAUUGUUAUCUUUCACUCAGAUGUAUUGUUUAGAAAGUGUAUUUAUGUGAAAUUUGCCCUUCAAAAUUCUCCCACAUGCAAAUUUGUCUUCACUGGGGGUCCAGGAAGGAAGCAGUCGCUGAGUUUUUCUGAAAGCUUAGUCUGAAAUGAAUUGUACUUGUAGCAUGCUUUCAAAAGUUUGUGACUUUGGCUUUACUCUGCUUCAGCAUGCUUUUUGAAUAAAUUUGUUUGCAACAACAUUUAUGGUGAGAGUUGUCACAACAGCAUUCUGGUAAGUGAGCACUUCCAGGCUUUUCUGCUUUGAGGUGAAUCCUGAGCAUGAGUGCUCUGCUGAAGCUACUCUAAGAUCUGCACAGGUUCUUUGGCGAUACAUCUGCCUCUGGCAUUGCCAGCUCACACAUGGGAUAUAUUUGAGGUUUCUUUGCCCUUGAGCAAUAAAGCUCUGGCAUAUUAUUGUUUGCUAGAAGGGACGUAGCCGGAAGUCAGAGAAGGACUCUGAUGGCAUUAAAAACCCUUUCUUCCUUCCUAGACCCCAGGAGAAAGCUUUUACAUGCGGAAGUAAUAUAGAAAGUGCUGUAAAGUGCUAGACACUGCCAUAGGAUUUAUUUUGUAUUAAUUCUAAAGACAGAUGGAAGGAGUGUUUUGUAAGAUGCAUCUGAAUAGUGCUCAGUAAUAAUGCUUAUUGCUAAAUAAUGCAUAUUAUAAUGCAAAUCUAUAUGGAUAUUAAAUACAUGAUUUACAUGAUUGAUUUAUUUUUGCAUAUUACAUCCUGAUUUUUCCACAUGAACUUAAAGCUUCAGUCCAGGUUUACAAGCCCUCUGUAAUACUUGAAUCAAUUGUGCAUGCAGACACAGAAAUCCAAAUUUCAUAAUUAAAACAUGGGUUGCCAGCUUGCAUAGCCUUUACAAUUCAUUGAAAGGACUGGGGCUGUGUUGAGGUGCUAAAGCAAUUUCCUCAUUAUGGUCAUCCAUCAAAAGGGAAGAUCUUGCAAAUUUUAACUUAAGAUGCAUCUUUGAGUCUUGACUCAUCGGUUU